CACAGAGGCACUCCUGCAGCUCGGCACGCCUGAGACCUGGUUGUAUGUUCCUGCGGCUAUGUUUCCAGUGUCCUCUAGGUGUUUCCAAGAGCAACAAGAAACGAAAAAAUCUCUGGAUAUGGUGUCCUUUGAGGAGGUAGCUGUGCACUUCACCUGGGAGGAGUGGCAGAACCUGGAUGACGCUCAGAGGACACUGUACAGAGAUGUGAUGCUGGAGACCUACAGCAGCCUGGUAUCAUUGGGGCAUCACAUUACUAAACCUGAGAUGAUCUUCAAGCUAGAGCAAGGAGCAGAGCCAUGGAUAGUAGAAGAAACCCCAAACCUGAGACUUUCAGCUGUCCAGAUCAUUGAUGACCUUAUUGAAAGGAGCCAUGAAAGUCAUGAUAGAUUUUUCUGGCAAAUUGUAAUCACCAACAGCAACACAUCAACUCAAGAGAGAGUUGAAUUAGGAAAAGCAUUUAAUUUGAACUCAAACCAUGUUCUAAAUCUGAUUAUAAAUAAUGGAAACAGUUCAGGAAUGAAGCCUGGACAGUUUAAUGUUUGCCAGAACGUGCUUUUCCCUAUUAAGCCUGGUGAGACACAGUCUGGAGAGAAACCUCAUGUCCCUGAUAUAACCAGGAAAUCCCACAGACAUCAUGAGCAUCUUACUCAGCAUCACAAGAUCCAAACUCUGCCUUUUCAAUGUAAUGAACAAGGGAAAACUUUCAACCCAGAGGAGGCAAUGUUCUUUAUACAUAAGAGGGCUGAUAUAGGACAGACCUUUGGUAAAUAUAAUGAAUUUGAGAAAGCCUGUCAUAACUCAGCUGUUAUUGUCCAAGGGAUAACUCAGGCAGGACAGCCAACUUGGUGUAGAAAGUCUGACUUCACUAAUCAUCAGCAAACACACACAGGAGAGACACCCUAUGAAUGUGUUGAAUGUGAGAAACCCUCCAUUAGCAAAUCAUACCUUACGAUACAGCACAAGGUUCCUACUAAGGAAAAACCUUAUGCCUGUAACUGGUGUGAAAAAUUGUUCAGCUAUAAGUGCAGCCUCACUGUCCAUCAGAGAAUUCACACAGGGGAAAAGCCCUAUAGAUGCAAUGAAUGUGGAAAAACCUUUCGCCGUAAGUCAUUCCUCACUUCACAUCAGAGAACUCACACAGGGGAUAAACCCUACAAAUGUAUUGAAUGUGGAAAAACUUUUCACCGUAAGUCACUUCUCACUUCACAUCACAGAACUCACUCAGGGGAAAGGCCCUAUCAGUGUAGUGAAUGUGGAAAAACCUUUACCCACAAGUCAUACCUCAAAAUACAUCAUAGAAUUCACACUGGGGAAAAGCCCUAUGCAUGUGACCAUUGUGAAAAAGCAUUUAGCCGUAAGUCAAAGCUUACUGUCCAUCAGAGAACACACACAGGGGAAAAACCCUAUGAAUGUAACGAAUGUGGAAAACCCUUUAUCAAUAAGUGGAACCUCAGGAUACAUCAGAGAACUCACACAGGGGAAAAACCCUAUGAAUGCAAUGAAUGUGGGAAAACGUUUCACUGUAAGUUCUUCCUCACUGCCCAUCAAAGGACUCACACAGGAGAAAAACCCUACGAAUGCAAUGAAUGUGGGAAAACCUUUCGCAGUAAGUCAGUCCUCACUGCCCAUCAGAGAACUCAUACUGGGGAAAAGCCAUAUGCAUGUAAUGAAUGUGGAAAAACAUAUAGCCAAAAGUCAUACCUUACAGUACAUCACAGAAGUCACACAGGGGAAAAACCCUAUGAAUGUAAUGAAUGUGGAAAAUCCUUUUACUGUAAGUCAGUCCUAACUGUACAUCAGAGAACUCAUACUGGCAAAAAACCCUGUGAAUGUAAUGAAUGUGAGAAAACCUUUAUCAAUAAGUUAAACCUUGGGAUACACAAGAGCUCAGGGGAAAGAUCCUAUGAAUGUAAUGAAUGUGGAAAAACCUUUCAUCAGAAGUCAAAUCUCAGCAGCCAUCAGGGAACUCACACAGGGGAGAAACCUUACGUAUGUAAUGAAUGUGGAAAAACCUUUCAGCACAAGUCAUUCCUCAGCGUACACCGGAGAACUCAUGGGAAAAACCGUGUGGAUGUAAUGAAUGUGGAAAAACUUUUUGUUGGAAAUCGUACCUUAUUAUACAUGAGAGAACUCACACCAGGGAAAAGCCCUGAGAAUGUAAUGAAUGUGGAAAAUCCUUUCAUCAGAAGGCAAAUCUUCAGAAGCAUCAAGGUAUUCACACGGGAGAGAAACCCUAUGAAUGUAGCAAAUGUGGAAAAACCUAGUCAGAAGUCAGUCCUCACUGUAUAUCAUGGAACCCAUACUGGAGAAAAACCUUAUGAAUGUAAUGAGUGUGGGAAAACCUUUUGUCACAAGUCAAACCUCAAUAUGCAUCAGGGAACUCACUCAGCAGAGAAACCCUAUGACUGUGAUGAAUAUAGGAAAACUUUUUACCAUAAGACUGUUCUCACCAUACAUCAGAGAACUCACACAGGUGAGAAGCCAUUUGAAUGUAAAGAAUGUAGGAAAACGUCCCAGAAGUCAAAACUCUUUGUACAUAACAGAACUCACACGGGAAAACCCUUUAGAUGUAAUGAAUGUAGGAAAACUUUCUCCCAGAAGUCAGGCCUCAGUAUACAUCAGAGAACACACACAGGAGAAAAACCUUAUGAAUGUAAAGAAUGUGGGAAAACCUUUUGCCAGAAGUCACACCUCAGCAGGCAUCAACAAACCCAUAUAGGAGAGAAAUCUGAUGUAGCUGAGGCAGGCUAUGUGUUCCCUCAAAAUCACUCUUUUUUCCCUUGAACCCACAACCUACACCUCUCCGGCUACUAUUAUAGAUUUCUCCAUGCUCGGUUUAGGAGAAUAUGGACACAAAUGGUGACCAUUAGCUCCUGGCCUACCAACAAGAAGGUCUUAACCAUGCUGUAACAGAUGGGCUAUUAUACAGGCUUUCUUGUUCCCAUUUUUACAGCACACUUCACACUUUAAUGUCACAGUUAUGGCUGUUUUCCUAGAAGCUCAUGUGCCAACCUCUGCCAGCUUCAAACAUUUCUUCUGCAACUCCCUCACCUCUCUUCACCUCCAUAGAAUUGAAGAGAGUUAGGGCCUUUCUCAGGAUUAGGCUUUGUCUCAAGGGAAUAUUGGGGCUGGUUUGAUCUUCUAUGCAGACCACUCAGACUUUCUCUAUCAGUGAAAAGACUCUUUUGUUUUUUAAAAAUCAUUCAUGUGUUCACUGGAGUAGCACCUAUAACUUCCUUCAAGAACUUUUUAUCUGCAUUCACAACUUGGGUAGCUGAUGCAAGAACCUUAGCUUUGGCCUGUCUUAGCUUCCAACAUGCCUUCUUCACUAAGCUUGAUUUCUACCUUUUGAUUUGAAGUAACAGAUGUGCACACUUCUUUUCACUUGAACACAUGGUGGCCACUGCAGAGUGAAGUGGCCUAAUUUCAUUGUUGUAUCUUGGGUAAUGGGGGGCUGGAAGAGAGAAAUAGAGACAGGGAAAUGACUAGUCAAUGAAGCAGUCAGACACAACAUUUUUCCAUCAUGUUUGCUGUCUUCCAUAGAGUUCCAGCACCCUGAGACAAUUCCAAUAGUGACAUCAGAAAUCACUGAUCACGGAUCAUCAUAACAGAUGUGAUAACUAAAAUCUUUGAAAGAUUGUGGGGAUUGCCAAAAGAUAUGACAGAUGUGAAGUGAGCACACCGUGUUGGAAAAAUGGUGCUGGUCAGACUUGCUCAGCACUUCAUGGCCACAAAUCUUUAAUUUGUUAAAAAGGUGGUGUUGCCAAGCAAAAUAAAGUGAAGCUCGAUAAAGUGAGGUGUGCCUCUAUUUUGAUGGGCUCUAACAAUUUGUCUUUUCAUUGGUGCAUUUAGACCAUUGACAUUCAAAGUGAUUAUACAGUUGGAUUAAUUUUGCCAUAUCGUUUUCCAUUCACUCCCAUUGUUCUUUGUUCUUUCUUUGUCCUCCACUGUUUUUCUGCCUUUUAUGGAGUUGAUGAUUUUAUA